GAAUUGCCAAAAUGCUUUGGAAUUCUUAAACGAUUCAAAAACUGAAGUCUCUGAGGAUACAAAAUCAUAAGAACACGAGAAGCAGCAAGGAGGAUUCAGUGCCAAUGCAGCAACAAAAAAGACAGCCAGAGUUAGUGGAAGGAAAUCUUCCUGUUUUUGUUUUUCCUACAGAACUUAUAUUUUAUGCAGAUGACCAGUCGACACACAAGCAGGUGUUGACUCUAUAUAACCCCUAUGAGUUUGCCUUAAAAUUCAAAGUUCUUUGUACAACUCCAAAUAAAUAUGCGGUGGUUGAUGCUACUGGUGCAGUGAAGCCUCAGUGCUGUGUUGAUAUUGUGAUUCGUCACAGAGAUGUUCGAGCUGCUUACUAUGGUGUGAUAGAUAAAUUCCGUCUACAAGUAUCUGAGCAGAGCCAGAGGAAAGCAUUAGGGAAAAAGGAGAUUAUUGCUACUCUGCUUCCAUCUGCAAAGGAACAACAACAACAAAAGGAAGAGGAGGAAAAACGAAUAAAAGAACACCUGGCUGAAAGUGUCUUUUUUGAGCAGACUUUGUGUCAACCAGGUAAAAUCAGAACUGCCUCGUCGGGACCGAGUUUACUAACAGUCUUCCUCGGAGUAGUGUGUGUUGCAGCACUAAUGCUACCUACAUUGGGGGAAAUGGAAUCCCUGGUGCCUCUCUACCUCCACUUAAGUGUGAAUCAAAAGUUAGUAGCUGCUUAUGUUUUAGGUCUCAUCACCAUGGUUAUUUUAAGAACAUGAGCAACGAGUCCAUAGGAUGUCGAACACCUUACUGUAUAUUCACAUCAUGAAUGUGGACUGCCUUUUACUCCCAUUUGGCUCAUUAAGAUGCUAGCAAAGCUGUUCAGUGAUUUAAGAUACCUUCAGAAGUGUAAUAUAUUUUAACUGUAUAAUAAACGAAAGACUCAAAGCACUUUGGGUGCUUCUGUAACAGACAGCUAUGAAAUGUUCAGUGAUACCUGUGAAAAUAAUUUGAAAAACUUUUAUAUCUUAUGCCUACUGUAAAAAAAUCCUUAUUAAAGCAACAUUUGUUAUUUUUAGUCUAUGUUCACAUCAGUGCGUGAUCACUAUAAAAGCAAAACUGUCUUCUGUAAAACCUCCGUUCGGUUGUGGUUGUACUGCCGAGCUUGGCACAUAACACUUCUGUGUACAUACCAGAGGGCUGAGGGUUGUGGCUGGUCACUGGAGAGAAUGAACAAUUCCAUCAGUGAAACUAUGAAAUAAACCAUGAAUUUUAGGUAAAGAA